GCUUUCAGUUCAGUCGACUGCCAGACACGACGCGAGGCGAGUAUGAUGCUCGUCGUCGAGUCUCGUCGGUCGUGAUCGGCUCUUUCCGUCUUACACCCUCGCUUUUAUCAACGUGGUGCGAUCGUUAGCCCGUUGCUUUGCUUGCAUCGGCAUUCACCAUCCCGGCGCGUGUCCUUGGCCAAGCACGUGUUUCACCACUGCCAUCAUCUUGGAGAACGUACACCUUCUUUCAGCCUGGACUCAAUUUAGAAGCAAAGUUCAACGACACGCGUCUCUUGUAUACACUCCGUAAAAAAAUUGAGUAGUCGCUACACCUGUCUUUCGUGAAUAAGAAUCGCGAAUAUAGACCUCCUAGUUUCGGUGAGCUUCAAACACUUGUCUCCAUAUCCGGUUGAUCAUAAUCAGAGUUUCGGAGAAAAGGGAGAAGCUACCAGAGAACCAAAAGUUUACUGGAGAACCAGCGAACCGGAAACUUCUCUUGUAGUUAUCAAAAGCCCCUUUAUGAAAGAGGUUGGCGACCCUAGCUAUAGCCGAUUAAGGCAAUUUCCGAUACCAGAAUUUCAAACACCAGACCUGUUUAACAGGUAAAGCUCUUUGGUGAAUUAUUCACUGCGGAACUAAUGCUUCGAUGCGAGAGUUGCGGCUGCCAAGAGGAGUUGGCUCAUUGUGUUGAGGACAAGUAGCGAACCUUCACACUUGUCAAGUGUCACCUUAAGAUAAGCUUCGAGGAAGUCUGUGGGGAGCAAAGUUUCAAAGUUCUGGUCAUUUAAUUUCAGAAGUAAAGAUAAAGGAAUAUAUCAAAACUUAUCUUGACCAAUUUUUCUGACAAACUAAAAUAGGACUAAGAACAUAAUAAAAACGACUAAAAAUUCGUGCUGUAAAGUGAAGUAGUGUUUGGGUUCUAGCAGAAAAUCCAGAAACGUUAAAAGACAGUGAAAAUUGGUGCAUCUUUGGAGAGAAAUAAAAGAGGGGAAAAUUCCUCUUAUAAUGCGAACAGCGAGGGAAGCGAUGAUGAAGCAUACAAUCAGCUGACUAGAAGAGUUCCUUGGUACGAAGAACUCAAGUGCCAACGACCGGAACAGACAGAGGAAGGACAGUCAAGAAAGUCGCCAACGGAAUCGUAAUCGGAUCUACUCGAUAAUGACUUUCAGCACCUCUUUCCAUGGUGACAAAGCUCGCUUCCCUAACGAGAACACCACUCGGCCCAGUACCGCGUCAGCGGAGGAAGGAAUGCUGACCGGUGGACUCGGCUCAAAAUUAAAAUGUCCAACUCCCAUAUCGAGACUGAGGGUGGAGAAGAUCGAGGGAGGACUUAUGGUGGCGGGUGUAGUUAUCGCCGCCAAUUGCCAAAUCGCCUUGCCUGCAUUUGGAUUCCUCUUUAUGCUCGUCGGAGCUGUGCUUACCGCGGCGUCGUAUCGAGGCCCCGGUCAGCACGAGGAUAAAGACUCUUAUGCAGCGCGAAUCGCCUUCACGGGAAAUUCGCGAAUCUUAGGACCAAUCUGCAUCGUUGUCGGUGCUUUAAUGCUCGCCCUAGGAGUUCUUCUUUGCAUACUUACCAGGCGAGCAAGAAGAAGAGAGCGACGUGUGGGUUUUCACUGUCCUCUGCAUGGUGACUUUUAUCCACUGAGUCCUAUUCAGGGUAUCAAAAUCUUAAAUGGGCCUAGUAAGAAUGAGAGCAGUUGGUCAAGUAUUCCGUGUUUCAAAAAACGGACGACUAACACUGGAAACGGAAAUGCAACCUUGAUUUCCCAUAUGGGACCACCACAGUGUCCUCAUUCCGUUAUGAGUAGCACGCGAAGUUCUGUCAGCAGCUCGCCUGUAAGUCCCUGCCCAACGCCUAUGCCCUUUUUGGUAACAUCGGCCUCUGUUAGUAGCGGAAUGGUGCAAAGUGUUGGUGCCAAUCUGUCGCCGGAUCAAACCUUUGGAUCGAUCCGUUCUCUAUCGGUGACAAGAGAAGUCGCCAGUUUUCCUCUCUCCCGAACGCCUACACCUCCACCUCAACAUAAGCCAGUCGUUGCGCCAAAUAACGAUGAUCUAUUGACUCUAUCAAGUCCACUGAGAGAAGCAUCUCCCAGACCGGAAGUUCGCGUGGUUGCGCCGUCUCAUCGACCUCCUUCCGGGUUGGUGAAGAGCAACUCGACCAAUCGUAAGUCCGUUAGUAUCAUCCUUCCGGAGGAAACGGUCGGAUGACCUCAGCAUCACGGCUUCGUACAUCGUUGCGACAAAAUCCGCCCUUAAUUUUAAGAGCCUCGUAUCUCUGACGAACAGCCUCUUUUUUAUCGGGUAAUUCCUCUUUCGCGGCCCCUCUCAAUCUUGUCGAAAAGAGACACAAAAAGUACAACCAAAGAAAACGUCGAAAUUCCUCUCAAAAUAACAGCAAUGCUAAUAGGAAUUGACAAAAAAAACCCUCGA